UUUUUUUUAGGUUACUCCUCGAUAACCGCAUCGCUAGUCGUGCAACGGAAAAAGUAGUGAACAAAAAAACGAUAUAUUAUUAAAAAAGAAGAAAAUAAUCGAAAAGACGCGCUAUGUCGAAGAGGAACUCCGGCGAAGAUUACAGAAAAGGGUCAAGUGCCUACAGAGCAGAGGAUGGGAGAGACGACGACAGAGGGAGAGAACGUUCACCAUUGAGAAACGAGGAGAAACGUGAGAGUUCGACUCAUUCGCACACAGACCAGAAGAAACAGAAGCUCACGUUUGGCUUCGGGAAAAAGCCUGCAUCACAGGAGUCCAAAAAAGGCAUACAAAUCAAAUUGGGUUCAGCAUCGAAACCAAGUGCAAAACCAGCUGCUUCUUUCACAAAACCUACAGUUGCAUCCGUUUUCAAUGCGGACGAUGAUGACGACGAGCCAGAAGAAAUGCCAGCAGAAGCAAGAAUGAGAAUGCGAAAUAUCGGUCGCGAAACACCUACUUCCGCAGGACCAAAUUCCUUUGGGAAAACGAAACAAGGAUUUUGUGAUUCGAAAAAAAUCUUUGAAAAAACACUCAAGAAAGCCAUGGAAGAAGCUAAUAAAUAAUUUAACUUGAACGUACUGUUCCACACGAGUGCUGUUAAUUAUGUACAUUAAUUUAACAUUAAAAAAGACUAUCAUAUAUUAGAAUUAUUGGUAUAUAUUAGAAAAAACUUUGCCGAAUGCUGAUCUUCAGAGGUGUUAGAAAUUCAAACAGUGCGCAUUGGUGUUCACAAAUUUCAACACGGAUGUUUUUCUUGCUUCCAAUUGUUUCGAGCACGAGUAAGAAACAUGACUAAGGACACUGAUUCUUAAGAAACGACUUAUCCAUACGACGAACGUAAUUUUCAUUGAGCACAAUAAAAAUUAUAUAUAUAUAUAUAUAUAUAUGCUAUUCCCAAAUAGAUUUCCAGUUGUAACAAGAUAUUUUUUUCAUCUAAAUUCUCAUCACAUUUAAAAAUAUUCAAAACAUCGAGGGAAAAAUCACAAAUAAGCUACUUGCUGAUAAGUAAUAAUUCAUAUCUCGAUUGGAAAAUUUUCUAGAUAUAUAAGGAUGGCGAAUAAAUAUUUCAAAAUCUA